UACUGAUCAAUUAAUCUGAAUACUUAUGUAAAUGUGAUAGAUUUUGUAUUAUAAAUCAGCAAAAAUGUCUUAACUUGUAUUUACCAGUUGUGCGCUCAUUCCUCAAGAGUCGGUUUUCGUUUGUAGACAUGGCAGUAGUAGCGGGAGGGUCAAAUUGACAAAAUUGCCUUUUGUCCGGCUUCUCGCAAACAGCGUUUUCUUCCUCGUGUGGUUUUCUGGCAGACUAGAUGCUGUGUUGAGAAUUGCUGCCUUUCGCAGGUCGGAGUGCAGAUUGCACACUUAAAUUACACCCCCAUCUAACCCUGCACCUAUACACUAUCCCCAAAAGCCACCACCCCAUCCCACUGCUUUCUCCCUAAAUGAUCAUACACCAGGACAUUGGCCUGGGAGGCUGGAACCCCUUCUCUCAAAACCUCCUGUAGAUCUUCUGCACGAAAAUCUUUCACCCAAAUAUUUCUCUGCUGCUGUAACGACUAGAUCUAUCUUCAUCAGCUCAGUGCAGUUGAUCACCAUGGCUAUAAACACAAUAAAUCCAACCUUACUCAUCCUCUCUGGAUCCCUCUCUUCAGGCCUACUCACUGGGGGGCUCCCAGUCGGGUCACUCACCCUUGGGCUAUCCUCUACUCUCUUCACUGUCACAGCAUAGGAAACUUUCUGUCCCACUGUAACUCUGGCAAUCUCAACCCGUCUCUCUUACACAGGGCACUUUGGAUCACCUGCGGCAUGGACACCCCCACAGUUGUCACACAGUGUUUUCUCUAUCCCAACUGUACACUUCCUCUGACUAUGUCCUCCUAAACAUUUCUCACAUCGUGGGAACUCCCUUCUACACACUGCUGCAACAUGUCCAAAUUAUUGGCACCUAAAUCACUGUAGCGGGUUUGUAACAUAGGCCCUCACAGAAUAGCAAAUAUAACUUAACCUCUGUGUCAAAGCUCAACAAGACAGACAAGGUAUUCUCAGUCUCGCCAAAAGGCGGGUGUCACAAACACCAGGAAUAUUAUUUUUCAUAUGAUCCACCUCUACAAUCAACGCUACCCCACUGAUCACUCCUUUUAGCGGCGCCCUGCUCCAGAGAGCAAAGCACUACACAGGUUGAGCCCUGAGUCGCGUGAUGCAAAGAGCCCACUUCCACUGGGCAGAGGAUGCACAAAAAAAUAAUAAGAAUUCCACUUCUCAAAACUUUCACAGUUCUAACUAUUCCCAGUGUGUCCUUUACCCAGCUUGACACAACGGCCAAAAAGCAGGAAUCCACUCUUACCAAAAAUCUCACUCUUACCGGUCCAAAAUCAUCUCCGGCAGGAUUCACAGAGCAAACAGUGGGAAGUCUCUACCACACCUGUCGCCACAGGUAGGCCCAUUUCAUUACACUUCAUCUGGCUCAACUUAAGAGCGCCGACUGACUUCAUUUCGAGAUCCUAAAGGUUCUCAAGGGAGCAUGUAGACUUAUCAGUAAGUUUACUUGGUUUGCAUUCAGGAGACAAAAGUGUGUACACAGGAGACACAUGAUCUAUUCUGCACUUCUGCAUUGAGGAGUAGAGGGGUGUGCAGUGAGUUUGCACAACAUCAGCAGCAUCUCUAGACUAGUUGCCUAUUGAGCCGACUGCGAGCUGGGGUAGUUUGUUUCACGUCCAUGGAGGCAAAUCCAGGGUGACGCAGGCGAACAUGAUUCCACUUGUUCCCAUAGAGACAAGUGCGAUCAGAACUCAGUCAGAUCAAGAAUAUAAGCGUUCUGAGCUUUGAUCAACGCUGGGAGCAAUAUUUAGAUGUUGACCCGUAAAGUCCCUAGGAAAUCAGCUCAAAGUAAUUUUAAUUUUGGAAAUAUGUUCUGUUCAGAACAGAACAGCCUCAAUUCGUCGGGGCAUGGACUCUACAAGGUGUCAAAAGCGUUCCCCAGGGAUGCUGACCCAAUGCUUCUCACAAUUGUGUCAAGUUGGCUCGAUGUCCUUUGGGGGAUCAUUCUUGAUACACACGGGAAACUGUUGAGCUUGAAAAGUGAGAGCCUCAAGGUCGAAGUGAGAGAUAUCUAGAGGUAUCUUUAUGUCUAUUGAUGAUGCAUUUGUUUUUACCGUGCCUCUUGAGGUGGGCUAGAAGGGAUGGAUUUGUCUCUGCUGUAAAUAGACAGAGUUUUGUUUUGAGGUGAUAAAACAGGUCCCCGUGUUUAAAUGGUUGUUUCCCGCAGAAUGUCUGAAGCUUGUUUUUCUGAAUGUCUGAAUUUCAUUUUCUGCUGUUUUUUGAAUUAAACACAUUCUCAAGCCAUUUAUUAGCACAUUUUCGCCAUAAAGAGACCCUGAAAUUAUUCAGGAAGGAGGCAAUUAGGCGGCAACUCCUUCUCACAACGCAUUGGAGGAAAGGGUCAGAGGUUCCUCCCCUUGGACCGUCUCCUCCGAUGCUUUUUGAGAAGGAAGCGAGGAACGGACAUGCGAAAAGUCAAGGAAGUACAAUUUGAGAUGCACCAUUCUGGAAAUUCUGUUUAAGCAAUCAGAGAUAAUGUCUCCAUCCAGUGGUCACAUUUGGUACUGUCUGAUGACUUGUGACCCAUCUGCAUAUCUAUGGGUAUGUACAGUAUGAGAACAAUGUUCAUACAUUUCCCCUCUGCACCUCUAAGUAGAUCUCAUAGCUAACCCCUGACCUGAAAGAGAUGGAUGGAUGGGACAAACCUGUAGGGUCCUCUGUAGGGGCCUUGAUGUCCAAAGACAAUGGCAGCACCCCCACAUCACCUCUGGUCAACCGGUCCUGUGCGGACCUGAAGUGCUAUAUGGUUCUGUUCGAGGCGGAGAAGACAGCCAUCGGCUCCAUCUGUUUCCUGGCCGGACCCUUCACUUUCCUGGAGAAUGCUUUGGUCCUGGGUGUGAUCGCCGCCACGGCCUCCCUGCGCCAGCGCCCCUCCUACCUCUUCAUCGGCAGCCUGGCCCUGGCCGACGUCUUUGCCAGCUGCUUCUUCACCACCAGCUUCCUGGACUUCCACCUGUUCCACCGCCUUGAUGGCCCCAUCGCCUACCUCUUCAAGCUGGGCGGGGUGACCAUGGCUUUCACCGGCUCGGUGGGAAGUCUUCUGCUGACUGCUCUGGAUCGCUAUCUGUGUAUACAUCAGGCGUCGAGUUAUAAAGUGGUGUUGACGCGCCGCAGGGCCCUGUUGGCUCUCCUUGCCCUGUGGAGCGCCACCAUCCUCAUCUCCUUCCUCCCUCUGAUGGGCUGGAGGUGCCCCACAGGGCUCAGCCCGCCCUGCUCGCGCCUCUUCCCAUACAUCGACCACCGCUACCUGGCCUGCUGGGUCAGCUUCAUCCUGGUGCUGCUGUCACUCAUCCUGAGCGCCUACGCCCUGAUCCUGUGGAGGGCCAAUCGGCAUGAGGCCUCCAUGACGGGCCUCCAGGGGGCGCCUACCGGUGGUCAGGCCCGCAUGCGGCUGGACAUCCGAUUGGCACGUACCCUGGGCCUGAUUCUGCUCAUCAUGGUGGGCUGUUGGCUGCCGACCCUCUCCUUCAUGCUGGCAGAUAUCUCGGUGCAGCUCACACACACCCAGCAGAGGGCCUUUGCUUUCUGCAGCACCAUGUGCCUGGUCAACUCAGCCGUCAACCCACUGCUGUAUGCCCUGCGCUGCCGGGAGCUGAGGGUGGCACUGAUGCGGCUGUUGGGGGGCCUGAGUGAGGGGCUGGGGUGCUGCCAGAGGCACGUAGGGGGAGACUCGACCACUACCCUUCCCUUAGGCGAGGGCAACAACUGUAGCACGCACUCCGAGAGUGAGGCGCCCAGACUCGUUAGCUGCCGACCGAACACAGUCUCAGAAAUGGUUGGCAAGCAGCAGCUGGACAUGACUGGAAUAUGAGAAGGGGUGAGAGGCUUACUGUAUAUCAGGGUUAUUGUAGUGGAGUGUUGUGAACUUGUGUUUCUUCUGUUGUGUUCAUAGCGAUGAGGAGGUAAUGUCUCUAAAAUGAACUGUGAUAACAGGGACUAAAACAAAGAUAUGUGACCAUGUUACCAUAAAUUGUGUUGACCCACCUACAAGCCAAGUCACUACGAGAUAAUAUUAUAUUAUUAUUUGUCCAAGGGACAAAUAAUAGCAGCAAGCUAUGUGUUUUUUUUUUUUACAAACCAGUAGAAAUUAGGGGAAUUAUCCCAAAUUAACACCUUUGGGAAAACAACAGCAUUGUUAAUGUUGGCAGUGCAAAUGUAGAUAGCUAUGUGUAUCCUAUGCUUGUUUUAGCUUGAGUGUUUGUCCUUUAGCGUCCAGAAGAGGAUCCUGCCGUGUUCCCAUCUGCACAUAUACACCUGUCCUGAGCAGAGGCCCUAUGGAUUGCAAACAAUGUUCUCCACAUGUGACUGCGAGCAGUGUCGAGAUCAGAGGUGUAGGCAAGGCAGAGCCUGAGUGGGUCCACUCAGGAAAAAAAAAGAGGUCCACUCAGAUUUUGAUUUAUUAUUAUUAUUUUUAAAUGGAAUGCUCUUUACUUGUCAGUGUUCCAAAUGGGAUAUUAUGUAUUUUACCUAAAUAUGCAAACAUAGCAAGCAGUGCACUGGGUUGGUCAGAUUUGAUUAAAUAUAACAAAACAGAUGACCUGGAAUGACAUCACUUGCCAAAAAGAACUAACUGAAAGCCAUACCCCCAAUGAGCAACGAAUAUGACUGCAUUGAGGCAUAUGUCACUGUGCUUCUAUGGCUAUAUGCACCAUGCCACUACCUAUUUCAUUUGUUCAUUUAGCAAACAAGACAGCUCAAAAUCCAGCGCCUUUAUCACAUUCUACACACCUAUAUUUUAGUUUUAAUUUAAAAUUUAAAAUCCUACAUUUUCUCUCAGCCUCAUGGCAAAAUGUGUAGAAUAGCAUUAGAUGAGCUAAAAAAAACGGCACAUAAACCUCUAAACCCUAUGGCAAAAUGUGUAAAAUAAAAUUGGGGGCCCAGACAAAUUUCUACAGGCCCAAACAACAACAUAUUUCUGGCUAUGCCAUUAGUUGAGAUGAGUGGGGCACAGUUUAGAAAGAUAGAGAGUCACACAACACAGAGACUAGAACACUCUUUUCUAUAGAACACUAUAAAUAGAAACUAUAGUUCACAAGUCAUUUUAGUAGAUCAAUCACAAACAAUCAAACACAAAAGGUAGAUGUUUUGUCUUGUUAUCAAAUGAACAUUGUAUGUGUCACAUGCUUCUUAAACAACAGGUGACAGCCUGAAGACAGGGAGUCUGCCAUUUCAGGUCAGAAAACAGUGGGGGGAAAAAGGACAGACAGCAUGGUUUAUGUGAGGGGGUGAGAUGGCAGAGACUAGAUAGAGAGACAAGUCAUUUCUGGGUAACAAUUAAGUACCUUACUGUGAUUGUUUUCAAUUAAAAUGGUCAAAAAUAAACAAAAA